AUAAAGAAUUAGCCAAGAGAGGAUCAAAGUUUUGUUUACGAUUGUAGGUACGAUAUUCGCUAGAUACGACCGUGCCGUGCGCUGUGCCAUUAGUGGGCCGUCCAUGAUUCAGUGAUAUUCACCGUCACCACACAUAAUGCGAUCCUGGACGACACGAUGGCUUUCACGGGCGCUGCAUCAAAAUUGGCAAGCUGCAAACGCAACUGCGGAAAACAAACCUCGUACCUACUCACGCUUUAUCUCCGUCGUCAGUGGCUUCCCAAAGAACCUUGCACAGUCCAAGUACAAGCCUGGUAAGAUGGGAGACGAUGCGUGGUUUAUCGCUAACACCAAAACAGCCGACGUCCUGGGUGUCGCUGAUGGGGUCGGCGGAUGGCGCAGUUAUGGAAUUGAUCCGGGCGAGUUUGCGAUGGUGCUAAUGAGGAAUUGUGAGAAACUGGUCAAGUUUUCCCGCUUCGAUCCCAUCAAACCAGUGAAUCUGAUUGCUUCCGGGUUUCGGGAACUGCAGGACAACCGAAAAUGUAUCCUAGGUAGCAGCACAGCCUGCAUAGUGGUGUUUAACCGUGAAGACAGUAGCAUUUACACGGCCAACAUCGGCGACAGUGGCUUCAUCAUAGUAAGGAAGGGUGAAAUAGUGCAUCGCAGCGAGGAGCAGCAGCAUUAUUUCAACACACCCUUCCAGCUCUCCUUACCCCCGCCCGGUCAUACCGAUGUGCUGAGUGAUAGGCCCGAGUCGGCCAAUACCACCACCUUUCCAGUGUGCAACGGGGACGUCAUCCUCGUCGCGACGGACGGUGUGUUUGAUAAUGUACCGAUCAAGCUGCUAGUCGACACUCUACAACGGGUGGAAGGAGAAAACGACCAAGUUAAACUACAAAUGUGUGCAAAUUCGAUCGCUCUUAUGGCAAGAUCGUUAUCCUUCGACAGCAAGUUUCUAUCUCCCUUUUCCCUAAACGCUAGGAGAAACAAUAUUAAUGCAAUGGGUGGAAAACCGGACGAUAUAACCGUAGUUUUAGCGACCGUGGCUCUGUAACCUCGUAGCAAACAGCAUGCAUUUGAAAUGCUGACAUUGUGCAAAAUAAAAACAACCAAGGGACAUGCAUUAACUGGGGAGGGAAUAAAUACUUUAGUCGGUAGUGUGCAAGUGAACUUCUUAGGACAAAUUAAGCUAGAACACGCAAAAAAUAAUCUACCACCCAUCAAAGAAAGCCAUACAGCCGUACAGGGACAAAAACAAAUCCUGACACGAUGAAACGGAAAGGCUGUUGGAAUACAUUUUGUUGUAGCUUUUAGGUUUAUAGCUCAUUAUUUUUUUUUACUUCUUUGUCUGUAUCUGCUAGACCGGGUAUUUCUAAACGAUCAAAUAAACUUCAAAUCGAUCCAUUUGUACACACCACGAUGGAAAGAAUGAUGAUAAGAAGCGAGUUAA